ACUACGAUGAGCCAAUAAACCAAAUUGUCGAAAUGUCAAUGGACUUCUAUUGUAAUUUCAAAAUAUCUCAAACCGGCGUAACGCAAUAUAUCUGUUAAAAAUAGUAAAUGAUAAAAAGAAAUUGAAAUGAAUUUUACUCCGGAACUAACUGCUCUACAAGGAGUUAUGAUAUCGGCGGAUAAUAUUAACUCAUUUUCUAAAUUGACUGCGAAAGGAGGAUAUGAGGAUGAAAUUGAAGAAGUUAUAACAACUAUAAAGCAUUUUUUAUGGAAAGAAAAAUAUGCAGAUCAGCAUUCAUUAGUAGAAAGUACUAUUAGUAUCACACGUAAAUUUGCAUUUUAUAUAAUACUCAAUUCUGAUUUACGAAUAUUGGAGAGCAUGGUAGAAAUGGAUGGUAUAGAUUUCCUCAUUUGGACUAUACCUACUGUGCCCAAGUGUUUAAUGUGUGAGAUGAUCUGGAAACUGUAUAUGGAUAGAUUUGUUGGUGAAAUUAUUGCAUUCUGCUGCCCUAAACUAAGUAUAGAAGUGGCAGAAGCAUUUACAAAUCACAUGAAAUAUCUUAAUCCAACAGAAAGUGCUGAUAAAGUUAAACUUGUAACAGCAGCAUGCUACAAACUUAUAUGCAGGCUUAACUUUUUUAAUAUUGAUGAAAGGUUAUUAAAUUCUCUUCUAAUCAUUUUCCAAAAGUGUGUGAAGUAUUUUUCGAAUCCUCCCAAUGUAGGAAAACUAGAAGGACUAAGGCGAAAUCAAUUUUAUAAAUACUUGGGGGAAAGCCUCUAUAAACUAUUAAUUCUGCUCCAUGAGUGCUUGGAAGAAUUUAAUGGUGUCCAAAAAUAUAAAUUAAGUGAAGAAGUUGAUAUUUACAUGCUUACCUAUAAUGAUGAAAUAGUUGUAAAUAAGCAUGAUGUUAGAACUGUUGAGAGUAAUAACAUGAUAUUAGAGUGCCUCCAUAAGUGUCAUGAGGCACUGAUGGAGAGUCUGCAAGAGCUUGUAAUGGGUGUCAGUGUUGAUGUGUUUUGUACAUGGAGUGAAUUUGAAGAGAAAGGCAAAACAAUGCAACAGAUAAUAGGAGAGCUUUCUUACAAAUUGCGCCCCAAGCUAGAGAGAGUAGUAGAACAUCCAGUGGUUCAAAUGUUGGAACAGAUUUCUUGUAAACCUGUGGAAGUUGAAGAUGUUAUUAACACAACCAGCUCUGAAGAUAUCAUUGAAAAUAUUAACACUCAUGAUAGAGCUUUGUGGCUCCAAGCAUUAUUGAAAAAGGACAAUCUAUGUAAAGAUUUAUCUUUAGUACAAACUCUUAUUUCAAACCUGGAUAUACUCAAGAAAGAUGAUUUUGAUAAGUUGUACGAAACAUGCAUUGAGCACAUCAAUAAUUCUACUGAAAAUAUAGAAGCAGUAAAGCUGCUAGCUAUCAAAACAUUUCAAUAUUGUGAUAUUAGUUCUAAAUACAAUAUAAUAGACAAAACUUUUAUAGACAAUUGUUUCACCAAUAAAAUGGAAACCACAGAAUUUAACGAAAUGACAGUAAAAAUAUUUAACAAACUUAUAUCAACACCAGAUACAGAUGUCACUGAUAUUUUAACAGUGUUUAUCCAAAAUCCGAAAAAGAUAUUUCAUAAGAUAUUCAUUUUGGCUACAGAAAAUGCACAACAAAGUGAAAUUAUGGGCAGGAUUUUGAAACAUUUGGAAAAAUAUUCCAACUUUUAUUACAAUCAAGACACAGAUGAAUGUGUUAUAACAAUCUUAAAAGAUAUUAUCGUGGGAGAGUUGGACAGUGAAGCAAAACAAAACAAUUUUUUUAAUUUUGUUAGUUGUGUGAAGGAAAAUAAUAUUAUAUCUGGAGCCAAGCUUCUCCUUUUGGUUGUUAUGCCAAAUUUGCAUGAUGCAUUAUUGACUAGAAGACAUGCUCAAAUUUAUGUUGCAGUAAAAAUGCUCUCUAUGGUCUACACUUUAGAAGAAUUGUUAGAAUACAGAGCACCAAUGCUAGCAAUUAUUGCACAAGUAUUAGAUGUUGAGCGCUGGAAAAUGCAUACCUUUGAUAAUAUUUGUCCAUCAUGUGUAGAAUUGGCAAUCAAAUUGCAAACAUCUUUAAUGGAAACCUAUCAAAAUAUAAUACCUGAAAAAGAAAGUUUGUGGUUAAAAAAUAAACUGAAAGAUAAAAACCCAAUGAACAUGUACUAUUAUAGAAAAUUAUGGGCUACCUCUGGUGAAAAUUACUUAGAAAUAUUAACAGGCAUAAAAGUGCAUGAAGCAGUAGAUGUAGAAAACUUGACAUUUUCUUUGUCUCAAAUUCUUUGUUUUACAGUUGCCGAUGAAUGGUAUCAGUUAUGGGAAAGUUUUUCAACACUGAGCAAUACAAUAAAAUUAGAUAUUUUCCAUAAAUCAUUGUCUAUGAUUGCAACAGCUGAGAAAGAUCAUCGUACUGUAUCAACUUGGGCGUGUUUAUUACAUUGUUUCAGAAAUUUUCUUCUAUUGGUUAGGUACAAAUAUAUCCAUGAACCAGUGGACGAAAAUCAAGUAGUUACUAUCGUCAACAAACUUGCAAGUUUUGCGAAUUUAUUAUUAGAAUCGGAAACAGAAGAAUUCAAUUCAAUAUCAUUACCACUGUUGGCUUACAUUGCGGAAGUGACUAAGGAUCGUAUACUUGAUGUACCAACUGGUGACAUUAAAAAUGAAACAUUUGCUGGCCUUGUACAAAAACUAUUCUCAAAAGAAAAUGUUUAAAAAGUUAAA